AUGUCAGUGAAAAGAGUGAAAUUUCUACUGAAUUCAUUGCGGUUUGAUGAUGCUACUACGCGACAAGCACGUCGUACUUUAGACAAAGCUGCGCCAAUAAGAGAAGUUUUAGAUAUGUUUACAAAAAACUAUCUUUUGCCAUAUUUAGUGGGAGAGAAUGUAGUAAUCGAUGAGAUUAUGAUUGGCUUUCGAGGAAAAUGUCCUUUCCGACAGUACAUGAAAUCAAAGCCCGAUAAAUACGGAAUCAAACUUUAUCCACUAGUAGAUGCUGCUACGUUUUACGUCCUAAAUAUUGAACUUUAUGCUGGCAAGCAGCCUGAAGGCCCAUAUCAGGUGAGUAAUGCUGCGUCAGACGUCGUAAAGAGGCUAAUUACACCAAUUUCUGGCACUGGGAGAAACCUUACCGUCGACAAUUGGUAUACCAGUGUGCCGCUGACAAACGAUUUGGCCAAGGAUCAUAAGAUUUCUGUUGUGGGUACCAUCCGCAAAAACAAGAAAGAUAUACCUCCUUGCUUUAUAGAUAAAAAGCAACCCGAAUAUUCAAGUCAAUUUGGAUUUUCAGAUACAGCAACUCUCGUAUCUUACGUGCCUAAAAAGAAAAGAUCUGUAGUUCUUAUAUCAUCACUUCAUUGUGCUGCAGAAAUUGAUGAAAGUACAAAUGAAAAGCGCAAACCCAGCAUAGUUACUUUUUACAAUAAAACAAAGGGCGGUGUCGAUGAAGUUGACAAAAAAGCAUAA